AUUCAUUCAGUUAAAUUCCGAUCAAAGUUGAGGUGGACGUGAAAGUUUGUUUUUAACUUUUGUAAAAGUUUAUUUCAGUGUGUUUUAAGUUCUAUCGUGUGGAAGCAAUGUAAUUUAUCUCAAUUUAUUACUUUAAACACAUUAUAGACGAUCUCAACAUAGAAAAAUAGUUUCAUUUUCUUUCUUUUACUGAGUUAUUUCGUGUUGUUUAUUUUCUUAACCCAAGCGAAUACUUCUGGGUUUUGUCUUCCACGAUGUCUCGGCUGUGGCUAGCUGUGGGAGUGUUGUGUAUUGUGCCGCUGGUGUACGCCUGCAACGAGGCAAUAUGUGCGAGUGUAGUGUCCAAGUGCAUGCUGACUCAGUCAUGCAAGUGUGACCUAAAGGACUGCUCGUGCUGCAAGGAUUGCUUCAACUGUUUGAGCUACCUGUACAGCGAAUGCUGUAGUUGUGUCGAUAUGUGCCCUAAACCAAACGACACAAAGACUGAGCUCUCAAAGUCGUCCUACGUGGAGGAGCUUGGAGACGGCGUGCCUGGUCUCUUCUCUGCGCUGACCAGCGACCCUGACCCGAAGGAGCGCUGGCUCUCCAUCACAUACCCCGUGGACCAUAACCUGCUCAUGUACCGACCUGCUACUCCGGAGAGGCAACUCAUUUAUCAUUUACAGAGCGUGGAGGACCCCGAGCCGUCGCGCGAGACGGGCACGUUCAACUGCACCGUGGCCUACAUGUCGCAGUGCAUGUCGUGCGACAAGUGCCGCGCCAGCUGCCGCUCCAUGGGCGCCACUAGUGUCAGAUGGUUCCACGACGGGUGCUGCGAAUGCGUCGGUGAUAAGUGUUUAUCUUACGGCAUCAACGAAAGCAGAUGCCUGGCGUGUCCGGACGGCAAGGGCAAGCCAGCGAGCGCGCUGGACGAGGACCUCUCGUACGACGACCUCGACUAUGGAGAAGAGGACCCGCAGAACCUCUGAACAGCCACUGGUUAGCGUUUAACCCUUAGCUCCAAUUUCUCUAUAGUCGGUUAGAUCAUAACCAGGAAUUAGUUGUCGACUUUUGACACUCAUGACAAGAAUUUAAUAUGAAUGUGCGUAUAAUUGAUGGACUAAUCCCUUGUUAUGAUUUAGAUCCGAGUAUGAUGAAACUGGGGCUUAAACUGGUAGAAAAGUUAAAAUAUGUGAAUGGGUUUGCCAUUUAAUAACACACUGCAUCUUCAUUUAAUAACGUAAAGAAUUUUUAUCUUUAUAUUAUCAUAAAAGUUCAAAAUAUGGUUGCCAUUUUAUAACCACCAGGAUAAAGGGUCAUGAGUAUUUGGUAUACCGAGCCCCGAGCCCCCUUUUAUAAUAAAACGUGGAGAUAGUUAUUUCCACGCUACGUGGCAACGUUAUUGAGAAGGAGAGUUAUUCUCAUCAGAAAAAACGAAACGUGAAUUAGUGCACCGUGCGUUCCGCUAGAUGGCGACUUUCCUGCGCAGUAGUUCUUAAUUUACGGUUUUUUUUUCACUUCCGGACGAUGUAAAACUGUAAAACUUCCACAAUCAGAUUUACAGUCAAACUAUAAAGUCCUGACAUCAAAGAGUGCGAUUUUGCUAAGACUUUUUAUGAUCAUCAGUUAUUUACUUACUUUUACAUAGAUUUUAAAAAUAAAAUACCAAUUGAUUAUAGAUUUUCUACGGAUUUGUCCCAUAAUAAAUAUAACAGAUCGAUUAAAUACGAUCUUAAACAAUUAGUUAGGAUCCACUUCCAUUUUCACGACUUUAUAGUUGGACUGUAGCUAGUUUACGAUGUAAGGAAAUAUACUUUUUAGAU